AUGGUGACACAGGGAGGAUUAACGCUGGAUUACAUAACGUCACUCGUGCUUGGGACACAAAACUUGGUGGUGUAUGUUACCAGGUUUUUGGUCCCUGCGUUCCCCGCAGAAGAGGGGACUGGGGUGUUUGGCCGCAUAGGCAGCUGGUUUUCUCCUUGGAGGGUGAGAGGGAGAGAAACUUCUCUUGAAGAUGAACCCCAGCCGAGAGCUCCCAUCCCUGGGCAGGGAGAGCACCUAGAGAGGCCCCCUGAGAACCAGGAGAACGGGACAGAAGGGGAGGAGGAGGAGGAAAGUCAGAAGAAAAGUGAGGAAAUAGAAGAGAAUCAUAGGAAUGCCACCGACAAAAUCCACACGCGGAGGAACCUGCAGGUGUACCUGGAGGAGACGAGCGUGACACAGGACGACAUAACACCUGUUGUCGAGACAACUAUCAAGAAGACUUUCCAGGUGGUUUCCAAGGCGACCAGAGCAAAACAACAAAGGGAGGUAAUCAACGACGACGACGACGACAGCAACAUGGGGCGGAAAAACUCAGGGCGGAGGCGGUCCCGGAAGGGUUCCCGUGGCGACCCUACAAGCCCGCGGCAAAAGACGCCGCCGACUAAAAACACACCCGGUCAGCCACCGACCAGCCCUGAGCAGGCGUGGGAGGAGGCUCGCCAGGACAAGGGCGUCUCCGCACUCACGAUGACCUCGCCAAAGGCAAAAGACACCAAAGGUGCCGGGGCGGAGUCAGACAUGGGAGAGGAGCCAGAAGACACACGCACACAACCGGCGUCUCCAGAGACAGUCCACGACCCUCACACACACACACCGGCGGUACACAGAGGCUCCUUGGAUUUCGAGGGGCCGGUGCUGGCCACACUAGCCACCGUGGAGAUGGACACAGACGAGGACGACGACGGACGCGUGGAGAGGAAGACCGAGACGCCGGAGUCCAAGCGGCGAAGCAUCAAGGUCUCCCGCAGUGAGAGGGUCUUCGCCAAGAAGUUUGUGGUGAACUCCGAGCCUGCCAUGGAGGAACAGGAAGACAAGCAGACCGACAGGAAGCGGACCGUUGAUUUGAAAGCCAACGGGAGGCAGGUGGCUACGGUUACGCUGAAGAAGGGAGAAGCAGCACUGGGAGAUGGCAGGCCAGAUGAGAAGUCUGCCGCCAUUCGCACCAUCGUCAACCGCAUCAAGCUCUUUGAGAACCAUGGAGGAGCACCUGGUCCCGUCAAGGCCACACACCCACGCAGCGCUGACGUCUCCCCUGCCCGCUCCGUCGCCGACCGCGUCAAGAUGCUGGACCAGAGUUCAGGUCAGAGGUCGCUGUCGGCUGACCGUGUCAACGCUUCCCCGAAGGUACAGACAGUCCGCGAGCGGGCGAAGAAUUUUACUCAUACUGCGGAGCCGACGGCAGCGUCAAGGGGAGAAGCCAAUGAAACCAGGCCGUCCCGACUGAGAAACGCUCGUCCCCAAAACAAGCACGCAGACGGUGUGCGAGAGGCGACACACCAGCAGCCGGGGACGUUCAAAAACGCUGAGUAUCCUCCAGAUCCUCCUGUUGCUCAAUCGCAGCCUGUCAUCAGAGGGAAGUCUAGCGCCGUGAGCAGUGUGACAAACGCUCAGAGUGAAGUGAACACUCCCGCGGAGCCAGGCCCUGAACCAGUAAAACUGGAACAAGUCCCUGUGACCAAGCCUCGAGGCAAAGAUCAGCCCGAUGCCGCCAUGCCAGGCGACACACCCACUCGACCCACACAAACUCUUACAACAUACGUGAAGGACACACCGCCGGCUAGAGUCUCACCAGACGACAAGAAAUCCACAGACUCUUAUAAUGACAAAGAGUCUUCACAGACUAGGGCUUCUUUACAGACCAAAGACAAUGCACACACUGAAGCUGACCAACUAAAGUUGACAAAUUCUGACCAAACCAGUACUAAAGACACACCAGAGAGACAAGACAAAGACAGUCAGAUCAAAGACCGUCUAAAGACAAAAGAUACUUCAGACACUAAUCACAUUUUGAUAGCCACAGACAAUUCUCAGAGAGAAAAUAGAGUUACAAACAAAAAGACUAAAGAGGAUUCACAAGUCAGUACAGAAACAAUAGACACCAUGGAAAGUAAAGAUAGCAUAUUGGUGAAAGCUGAUGACAGUUUACCGGUGAAAGACACAAUAACCAAAGAAACUAUUACGAGAAAUGAUGGUUCCCAGGCCAAAAAUGUUAUUGAAACUAAGGACACAACUCAAAGCAAAGACACUCUUACAUACAACAGUGAUCCUGCAAAUGAACAAGUUAAAUUGCCAGAGACAAAACAAGUACUGAUAACUAAUAACAGUCCUGAAGUACUGAAAAAUAAAGACAGUCCACAGACUAAAGAUGCGAAAAUGCUAACAAAUGAUGCUAUGAAUUUGAAAGAUAGUAUGCAAAACAAAGCCAAUCACCUCACAAGAGACGACACAACCACUGAUAAGCGCUCAGAGGCUCCAAGGACUAAGAUUAGUCCAAAAACCAACAACUUCCUGACACCUGAAAUUUGUCAUCUGAAUGACACCAAACAAGAUGAGUUUCCCCGUCCCCCUGCCCCUCAGGCAAAUGAUCAAACAGAAAUGAAAGAAGGUUCACCUGUCAGACUUGGUAUUACAUCUACAGAGCAUCCUGUGAAUGAAGAUAAGCUUAAUAUCUCAGGCAGUGUGGUGAGUACAGAUGUGAUAACUAAUAUGGGACUUCCAAAAGGAGGUAUUCACCAAAAUACUCCCGAAAGUAGUCCUGAGGUUGAAAAUAAAGAGAUUUCAGAGCAUCAAAGUUCAGCCACUGAGAAUAAACACAAAAUCACCACAUCAAAUCAGGAGGUAAAAACAAAGACAGAGCUUUCUUCUCCAUCGGCCAGUGACACAGUUGUGAAGGGACCUCCUGAAGUCAAGGGCAGGUCAGUAAACCAGAGCAUGACCAGUGACAUAAAAACACAGAGCACAAACAACACUCCUAUCCCUGCUUCAGAGCCGUCAGGGGAGACUGUCAGUGCAGUAGUGGAUGAAAAAGCUAAGUCAGGAGAUAUAGAGCACACAGGGGUGAAGCAUAAGGUAGCUGAGACUGAAACGGUGAAGGAGGAAGUGAAAGUUGUGUCUCCUGCUGCAUCUGAAGAGCAGGUUGUGUCCGCAGCGAACACAAAGAGUGUAGAGAAGAUGGGUGAAGACAGGAAAAGUGUUCCAGAACAGCUGACAGGAGCAAUAACCGAGGCCACAAAGGAUGUCCCGGAACAGUCUACAGAAGCAAGGAGUAAAGAAACUGUUGUUCCAGAACAAUCUACAGAGGAUUCUAAAAAAACGGAGGCAAAAUCAGAAAAAACAGAGAUUGUUUCGUCACCCACAUUAAAUUCAAAUGUAUCUACAGCUGAGAAGCUGGAAGACCAAGCACCAUACAUCCACAUAAGUCGUUCCACAUUCACCCCAGAAAAGAAAAGAAAGAUUGGACAGGUGGCUACAGAGGUGCCUGAUAGAGUCAAAGUUGAUAGUGAGGACCCCAGUCAAGUCACCACAGAGCAGCUUCCUUCCAAAGGCACCACUGUCAUGUCUACAGGAGCAGACACUACAAAAGAAUCACUACAAAAUGUAGUACCAAAGACUACAGGAACUGGCACUACAAAAGAAACGCUACAAAAUGUAGUAUCAAAGACUACAGGAACUGACACUAAAAAAGAAACGCUACAAAAUGUAGUAUCAAAGACUACAGGAACUGACACUACAAAAGAAUCACUACAAAGUGUAGUAUCAAAAACUACAGGAACUGACACUACAAAAGAAACGCUACAAAAUGUAGUAUCAAAGACCAAAGCCAUAGAGGCAGACACACCCAGUGCAGGCAUCACAGUUAACCAAGAGACAAAGUCCACCCUCCACUCAGGUGAGGUAGAAUCUGCCAAGGGGCUGAUAACACCCAGUGGCAAGUCUGAAGAGAAAGCAUCGCCCCUGUCUAGUAUGGACAACGAAAAAGCAGCUAAAAGCCUGAAUGAAUCUUCAGGCACCAAUACCACAGCUGAAGUAAAUUGUGAAACUCCAUCACAGAAGGUCAGUAAGGAUUCCACUUCUCCUGGCACAACCGAGGAAACAUCCUCUCUUUCUAACCAGGCCAAAGAGAAAUCUUCUUCUCUUACAAGCCUGACCAAUGAAGAUCAUUUCAGUUUGUCUGGGGGCAGCCUUGGUAAAGCCACACCUGAUUCUUCAGCUGUGAUGGACAGCACCCGUAAGAAGAACAAACCGAUCCUCAAGGGCCUCAAGCUGAGGGAUUUCCCACUCCCCUCCCGAGAUGCCCCCUCCAGAGAUUCCCCCUCCAGUUGGCUCGACCUUGACUUCCGUCCAACGCCGAAGCCGAGGCAACCACUCCGCUCACCGAAGCUAAGUGCCUCCGUGAGCAACCUGGACGCUUCGGGUGAACUUGAGCCCCAGGACUUCAUGGAGCGGGUGAAAAAGCUAGCUAUCCCGUUCAACGUGCCACCCCGCAACAACAAGCUCAAGAAAACUUUCAGGACCCCCGCACCGUCCUUCGCCAUGCCUGCCAUCAAAGAGGAUCGCUACGAGAAGACCUUUGACCCCGAUGAGUUCAAGUUUGGCCAGCGGAAGCGGCACGAGUUCUCCCUGGAUCUUUCCAAACUCCGGGAGCAAGUGUCCGCUGAGAAGGAACCACUCGAGGAAAAACUCAAGAAGGCCCAUCUGGACAGAGGGAGUAUUCUGGUCAAGUCUUUACUCCUGAGAGAGACAGAGGCUGCCAAGGGCUUGGUUGGGGAAGAGGAAGGAGGGAAGGCAGGAGAGAAGGAAGGAGAUGGAGAAGGUAAGGGGAGAAUAAUUAAGUCACGGCUGGAAGGCAGCUCCAUCCUCUCCAGCUUGAGAACCACAGGCAGGAUCAGUCGUCUGAGCCUGUUCUCCCAUAAAGGAGACACCGGGAGUGAGCCACUUUCUCCCAUCGAGUCCCUUUCUCCCAACUCACCAAUGGCAGCAGUGACGACUCCUAAUGAUCCAGCCAAGACCAUUUUGGACCUGCGGAGUCAGCGUGGCACUGCUGAGGUUAAUAAGAACCCAACAGAGACCACAAUGGACUCUUCUAAUCUCUCUAAAAGUCUUGAGGAUGAUAAAAAAGCAUCUUUAAUCUCUAAUGAUCGGUACUCAUUGAAUCAGUCUAAGGACUCAACAAUUAGAACUGAUCCUUACUCAUUGAAUCAACCCACGAUGCCUGAGGUCAAUAACAAACUGACCCAAUCUAACCAGAGUGAAACCCAGAUUAAUCAAACAGAGCCAAGAUCAGCCUCAGCAACCACCAUUGAGUCUGGCCCUCUGUUUCCUUCCUUUGAUGACAUCAAGUUUCCAGGUCACCUACAGGAACUGUUCCCGCAGAAUCAUGGGAAGGUCGAUCCCCUCCGGAAAAUCAACUCAGAGGUCACUUCUGCUCCCUCUCAACCCCCUGAAAUGACACCCAUCAGACCUUUACAAGACCAAACUAUGAUAAUGGCAGCAAAUGGAUCCCACAGGCGCCCGGGGAAGAUGGUGUUGUUUGAGCAGCCUCAGUUUAAAGGACAGUCGUAUGAGGUAUUCAGAGACGUACCAGAUGCCACUGCACUGAAGCUCUCAGCCGUCAUUUCAGCAAAAAUCAUCAGGGGAUGCUGGGUUCUCUAUGAGGAGAUUGGAUUUAAAGGGCGGUCCAUUGCCUUGGAGGAGGGACCUGUUGAACUGAAUAAUGUUUGGGCAGAGGAAGGACAAGUACCCUGUCCAGCCAUGGUGAUUGGAUCAAUUAGGCUGGCAGUCAGGGACUACACCAUUCCCCGUAUAGACCUGUUCCCUGAGACGGACGGCCGAGGAAUGCACACGACAUACCUCGGCGUGACGCCUCAGCUGGCCUCCUAUGGAUUCUCACAGAGCACGGGCUCCAUCAAAGUGCACAGUGGCGUGUGGCUGGUGUUCAGUGAGGAGCAGUUCCAGGGUUACCAUGGUGUGCUGGAGGUGGGAGAGUUCCCUGCCCCUCAGACCUGGGGAUUCCCCAUACCUGUAGUGGGUUCCCUCAGACCUCUACAGAUGGGUGGACUGAAGGUGGAGAACCCUACUGAAGCAAAGGCUCUGCUGUAUGAGAGGGCGGGUCUGCAGGGGCCGUGUGUGGAGAUACAUGGAGACGUGCUCGAUGUUAGCAAGGGACCGGAGCCCACACACACACCCCUGAACCCCCACGUACGCACACACACCAACUCCGACACACUCAAGACAGUGGGAUCCAUGAAGAUUCUCAGUGGCCUGUGGGUAGGCUAUGAGGGGGUGGGCUUCGAGGGGCGGCAGUACGUCCUGGAGGAGGGAGAGUACCUGGACUGGCAGGACUGGGGCGGAGCCAGCGAGUGGCUACUUUCUCUACGGCCAGUACUAGUGGACCCUGUUGCUCCACACCUGAAGAUGAACAGUGAGCGGGACUUCUCAGACCGGGGCGGUCACAUUGACCUGAUGGGGGCAGUGCCCAAUACACAGCUCACUGGAUACGGCUUCACCACACAGUCCAUCGACGUGCUCUCAGGAGUGUGGGUGGUGUUUGAAGAAGUUGAUUUCUGUGGCCAGCAUUAUGUGGUGGAGAAAGGUCAGUAUGCUGGACCUGAAGACUGGGGAGCCCAGAACAGCACCAUAUCUGCUGCUAUGCCUGUGUUUCUGGAUGACUUCUCUGGCUCAUCUAAAUUCAAGGUGGAGCUGUACUCUGAGCCAGAACUCUCCGGUCCCGUUUUGGUCCUGGAUGAUUCUGUGUCCGCCCUGCCCGCAGACUUCAAACUGCAGUCUUGUAAAGUUUUAUCUGGAAGUUGGCUGGCAUGCGAGCGUGAAGAGUACUUGGGAAGUGUGUGUGUGCUGGAGGAGGGAGUGUAUCCUGAUGUGAGGGCCAUGGGGUUUCAGCCAAACAUUGCUGUGCGAUCUCUGCUGACCACAGGCUUCGAGUUCUCUCUUCCCUCCAUCACUCUGUGUGAGCGUGCGGACCUGCGAGGGAGGAGGGUGGUUCUAAUGGCCGGUUCCGUCAACCUGCAGCUCACUGGAGGCUGCAGCAGAACACAUUCUGUCAUGGUGCAGGGAGGCAUGUGGGUGCUGUAUGAGGGUGUGAACUUCCGCGGGGCACAAGUUCUGCUCAGACCGGGCAUGGUCCCAGAUUGGCUCAAACUCACCGGCUGGCAGCGAAUCGGAUCGCUCCGUCCUCUCCUGCAGAAACCGGUAAACUUCCGUCUGAGGAACCACGAAACAGGUCUCUUCUUGUCAAUCACGGGAGCCCUGGAGGACAUCAAGCUGAUGCGUAUCCAGGCAACGGCAGAGACGGGCGGAGCCGAGCAGGUCUGGACCUAUCAGGAUGGCCAUCUGCAGUGCAAGAAUCAGAUGUUGGAGGACUGCUGUGUGGAGCCCUUGGGCAGUCUGAUCCGGCCGGGGGCUCGUCUGUGUAUGACUGCAGAGAAAGGCAAACCGGACCAGCAGUGGAACAUCACCCCAGACGGCCUGAUCCGCAGCAAUGUCAGCUCUGACCUCGUGUUUGAGGUCAAAGGAGGAGAGCAGUACGACAAACAUCAUGUGGUUCUUAAUGCUUUCGACCAGAGCAAGCUGAACCAGAGAUGGAGUCUGGAGUUUGUGUGAGAGGUGUGGCGUGACAUCCAUUAGCCUCUGUGGUCUCUGAGGUGCAGCUGCGCGGUGGGGACCCACAGCUGGUCACACACAGGAUCACAGGGCUCAGUGCUGCAGCUGCACCACGGGACCUAUAGACUCAGUCGUGCAGCUGCGCCCUGGGACCCAUGAGCUCAGUCGUGCUGCUGCACCAUCAUGGGAUCCAUGGUCCCUGUCAUGCAGCUGCACCAUGAGGCCCACGGCACAGAAAGAUGCGGUGCUGAACAAACUGGCAUCACAUUUGUAUUACAAAACUCACCAGCCUUCCAUUCAAAUACCUCACAUUGUAACUGUGUACAUAGCGGCGACAGAGGGGGACUGGAGUGCUCAGGAAAAGGAAUGUUUUGCUGCUUCUGAUGCAAGCUGGAUGGAGUUGAACAUCUCUUUCAUGUAGAGGAUCUUGUACAGUACAGUCACUGGCUUGUGAUGUUUUUCUUGCAGACAGACUGGCCUUCUUUAUGUAAACAAUUACUAGUAAAUACCAACCAGCCUUUGGUCAUCAUUACUCCAUCAAAACUGAACUUGUUUAUUUUUUAUUUUUUCCUUACACCAUAGGGACUUUAAGGGAAUACUUUUAUUAAUAUAAGGUCGUAAGACAUCUGUUCCUUCGAACCAUAUGACUGACACGGACACUCGCCCCCUCUGUCCAAGACUAGGAAGAAAUUGGUCUUUUGCCACCAUGCAGGAUGAUGGACAAAAGGGAGAAACUGAACUUCAUUCCAAUUACCUAUUCUCUCCCAUACACGCACACACACACUUUCACGCACACGCACGCACACACACUGUAAAAUAGUUAUGUUUUUGGAAGAAAAUGUUUUGUUUUGUUCUGUCCUAUGAAAUAAAUGUCUAUUUGCUGAUA